UAUUCGUGUAACACUGUAACCUGCUACUGCAUUUUGACAGCUCUUCUUGUGGCCUUGGACUCUAUUCUCGGACUUCUAACUGAAAGAAGAACAUGUCCGUCCUUGCUUCUGGUGACCGGCAAUAAUAAGCAGAGGUCACAGCGCUCUCUCUGCUGCCGACUUUCCUGGCAUGGUGCACGCCAACAGGUCAUCUCUGUGAACUAUUUGAGAGGGUUUUAUCUCUGCCGCGCCAGCUGGGUCGCUCUGCUGCGGUCGCUGCCUCACAGAUAGGAUUCUUGGUUUACAGCAGGUAGCUUCCAAAUGCUUUGAAGUUUGAUUCUCUCUGAGCCCCACCAGCCUAUUUCUUGCAAAUAGCCAUUGCCGUUUGUUUAUGAAUAAGAAUCAGGACACGCAGAAAACACAGUAGUCGUACCUGGCCGUUGCUGAGAACCGAGUGCUCCACCGCGAUUCUUCACCUGCACGAGGAAAAUGGGCUGCAAUCGGAACUGUGGGCUCAUCACCGGAGCUGUCAUUGGAGCAGUCCUGGCCGUGUUUGGGGGCGUUCUGAUGCCAGUCGGAGACAUGCUUAUUGAGAAGACCAUCAGAAAGGAAGUUGUCCUUGAAGACGGAACAAUUGCUUACAAAAACUGGGUUAAAACAGGCACCACUGUAUACAGACAGUUUUGGAUCUUUGAUGUGCAAAAUCCAAAUGAUGUGGCAACAAACAGUGACAAAAUCAAAGUGAAACAGAGAGGUCCUUACACAUACAGAGUUCGUUACCUAGCCAAGGAGAAUAUAACUCAGAACGGUGAGGACAACACUGUCUCUUUUGUACAGCCCAACGGAGCAAUCUUUGAGCCUUCGCUGUCUGUCGGAAGCGAGAAUGACACCUUCACAGUUCUCAAUCUGGCUGUGGCAGCUGCGCCACAUAUAUACACAAACACGUUUGUUCAAGUUUUGCUCAACUCACUUAUCAAAAAGUCCAAGUCUUCCAUGUUCCAAAAUAGAACCUUGAAAGAACUGCUGUGGGGUUACAAGGAUCCAUUUCUGAGUUUGGUUCCAUAUCCUAUUCCUACCACAAUUGGUGUGUUUUAUCCUUACAAUGAUACUGUAGAUGGAGUUUACAAAGUUUUCAAUGGAAAGGAUAACAUAAGCAAAGUUGCCAUAAUUGAUUCUUACAAAGGAAGCAGGAAUUUGUCCUAUUGGCCAAGUUAUUGCGACAUGAUUAAUGGCACAGACGCGGCCUCUUUCCCUCCUUUUGUUGAGAAGUCUCGGGUGCUGCAGUUUUUCUCCUCUGACAUUUGCAGGUCCAUCUACGCCGUGUUUGGGUCUGAUGUUAACCUUAAAGGAAUCCCCGUGUAUAGAUUUGUUCUUCCAGCCAAGGCCUUUGCAUCACCAGUCCAGAAUCCAGACAACCACUGUUUCUGCACUGAAACUAUCGUCUCAAACAACUGUACAUCAUAUGGCGUGCUAGAUAUUGGAAAAUGCAAAGAAGGAAAGCCUGUGUACAUUUCCCUUCCACAUUUCCUGCAUGCAAGUCCUGAUAUAUCAGAACCUAUCGAAGGCCUAAGUCCAAAUGAAGAAGAGCAUAGGACAUACUUGGAUGUGGAACCUAUAACUGGAUUCACUCUACAGUUUGCAAAACGACUGCAGGUGAACAUACUGGUCAAGCCAGCCAAAAAAAUCGAAGCAUUGAAGAAUCUGAAGAGAAAUUAUAUUGUACCUAUACUUUGGCUUAAUGAGACUGGAACUAUUGGCGAUGAGAAAGCAGAAAUGUUCAGAAAUCAAGUGACUGGGAAGAUAAAUCUUCUUGGCCUGGUUGAAAAGGCCUUGCUUGGGGUUGGAGCGGUGAUGUUUGUUGCUUUUAUGAUUUCAUACUGUGCUUGCAGAUCCAAGAAUGGAAAAUAAGUAAUAAACAAGGCAU